AUGCUCGGGCUUGACAGCGUGCUGCCAGGCUCGGGCCUUGUGAUCCCUGCGGCCUGCGCUUGCAUGGGCCUGGCAGCUGUCUAUAAGGAGGGCUUGGGCACGCUUGUGUCCAAGUUCUGCAAGCCUUCAAAAGAUGUCAUCAUGGGACCAUUCUUCGUGGAAGAACCGGAAGAAAAGGAUGACGAGGAUGAGGCUGAUGAGAGCCUGGAGGUGAACCUGGACGAGGAAAUCACCUUUGAAUUCCUCUUGGGCUACGGGCAGUGGCAGACCGGCUUGAGGCUCACCUACGACGCUGUGAUCUCAAUGGAAAUGAACCCACCUCCUGCGCUCACCUCCUUCGCUGUGAUGCAGCAAGCCAAUUCUUACAAGUACCGACACUUCCAGAAACAAGGGGAAGUUGGUCAACAGUUUUGGGGAGGCGGAGGUUGGAACUCCAAGCAACAAGGGUGGAAUACGCAGAACUAUUAUUGA